CUGUCAACACUAGCUGUGGACUUCCUCUGAAGACUCUGAGGAAAACCCCAAUGUAUGUGUGUGGAACUUAUCUAGUAAUGCUGGUCUCACCUCCGGGUGUCUCUGGGAGUUCUGCCACCCGCUCCCUGUUUGGAGGUACCAGCAGCCUGUCCUCACUGAAAAUUUUGGCUUCCAGCCUGGUCUUUCACCUGGCCGACGGUCAGUUCAGCAGCCGUGCAGACCUCAUCGAUGCUCCUGGCAGUUCUCUGGGCAGAGGAGCCCAGGUGGCAGGACUUGGAGCCUGUUAUGAUGCACUGAACCACUUGAUCUGGACCUGCUCCAGUGAUUACAUUCAUCAGUGGUGCAAUCCUGGAAACCAAGCGUUUCAUCAUGUGUGCCAUAGGCUCGGUGUUAGCCAUCUCAUCAAAGAACCCAAAGAUGCACUUGUAUUGAUACUCGUCACGCCCAGAAGGCCUCUCGAAAGUGGAGCUUGGUGAUGGAUGUGGCGUUGGUGCAGUACAUCAACAGACUGUGCCGACACCUGGCUAUCACGCCAGCCAGACUGCACCCCCAUGAAGUGUACCUGGACCCCAGUGAUGCUGCUGAUCCCCGUGUGGCCUGUCUGCUCAACGUGCCUGUGGAGAGCUUGCGCCUGCGCUUUGCUUUGCUGCAGUCGCUCAACAACACCCUGGAGAGUUUCUUUCUCCCUCUAGUGGAGCUAAGACAGACACACACAUAUCAGAACAGCAUUGCCGCUCUGCUGUGUGAGGCUAAAGGUUUGAUCUUCUACGACACUAAAGUCACUGUGAUGAACAGAGUAUUGAAUGCUACGGUGCAGCAAACAGCUGACCAUGCAGCUCCAGAAAUUACUCUGGACCCUCUUGAGAUUGUUGGUGGUGAGAUCAGAUCAUCAGAAAACACCUAUUUCUGCCAGGCAGCACGUCAGUUAUCUUGCGUGCCGUCAUCCCAGCUUUGUGUAAAGCUGGCCAGCGGAGGAGACUCAACCUAUGCCUUCAAUAUUCGCUUCACAGGAGAAGAAGUUCAUGGCACAAGUGGCUCUUUCAGGCACUUCCUGUGGCAGGUGUGUAAGGAGUUGCAGAGCUCUGCGCUCUCCCUGCUGCUCCCCUGUCCCAGUGCUUCAGCCAACCGGAACAAGGGGAAAUCCAUCUUGACUCCUUGCCCUAUCAGCUAUGCAGAGGAACAGCUGUUGCACUUCUUCGGUCAGCUGCUUGGCAUCGCCAUCCGCGCGGAUGUGCCCCUUCCUUUGGACUUGCUGGGUUCCUUCUGGAAGGGCCUGGUGGGCGAGCCUCUCGACCCAGAGCAGGAUUUGCAGGAAGCUGAUGUUCUCACUUACAACUAUGUCAAGAAGUUUGAAAAUGUGGCAGAUGAAAGUGAGCUGGAAGCUCUGUGUGCUGAAAUCUCCUCCCAGCACCAUUCGGGGGAAAGCCCAGAGUCCCCGAGCAGACCCUGCUGCACGUUUACCUACUACACCAUGACAGGUGAAGAGGUGGAGCUUUGUCAGGGAGGGCGGAGCUUCACUGUCAGCUGGGAGAACAAGGAUGUGUAUGCACGGGCGGUGAAGAGCCUCCGUCUCAGAGAGCUGCAGAAUCUGGAGUGCAUGACGGCGGUGCGGGCAGGACUUGGUUCCAUCAUCCCCCUGCAGCUGCUCACCAUGCUCAGCCCGCUGGAGAUAGAGCUACGCACCUGCGGCUUGCCUUACAUCAACCUGAAGUUCCUCAAGGCUCACACCAUGUAUCAAGUGGGUCUGAUGGAGACCGACCAGCACAUUGAGUUUUUUUGGACCGCCUUGGAGAUGUUCACUCAGGAAGAGCUCUGCAAGUUCAUCAAGUUUGCAUGCAACCAGGAGCGAAUCCCAUUCACCUGCCCCUGCAGGGACGGUGGCCCAGACACAGCCCAUGUUCCCCCCUACCCCAUGAAGAUCGCUCCUCCUGAUGGGGCAGCAGGUCAGUCAGACUCGCGCUACAUUCGCGUGGAGACCUGCAUGUUCAUGGUCAAACUGCCCCAGUACACCUCUCUGGAUGUGAUGCUGGAGAAGCUACGCUAUGCCAUCCACUACCGCGAGGACCCUCUGAGUGGUUAA